AUGGCGAAGCCAAAGUCGACGCCAUCCAAGCCAGCGGCUGAUAAGAGCCAGCCUGCUGCACCGACUCCAGCAGCUAGAGCAACUGUCCGCGGGUCGGCAGCUGCCCCGGAGAGGACGUCUUCCCUGCCAGAGCUGUGCGUUGCUGGCGCCGUGGGAGCGGCCGUGAUAGUCCUUGCUGGAGCUUAUUCCUAUGCAUCUCAGUUGACACUUGCUCCUAUCUACGGCUCGGCUCCUGCUGGAAAAUACCACCAUGCUCUCACUUUGAUAGCAGGAGCCGUGGGAUCCUUUGCCCAUACUCUGGUUCAGAAACACGCCAACCCCAUGGUCACUCUGCCAAUCCUUACUUUCUACAUUCCUACCAUCCAGUUCUUCUUAUUCAAGUUCAGCUACACCCUCGGACCGGUGAUGGGGCCUAUCGUUACCGAAGCACUCACCUUUGCCCCUCUGGUUGCCUUGUCGGUUGUUGUUCCCGGUAUUUUGAUACAGAAGUUGCACUUAAGCCCGAAACUGAAGCAGGGCAUGGAACAAGGAAACAUCAUAGCAGCAUAUGCACUUUUCAAUACCGCCAAGACACAAAUUGAGCAAAACAUGCCCUCUUACCUUGGAACAAGCCUUGCAAUGACCAGCAUCGGCCUUCAGUUCAUCAUUGCCGCUGCUCAGGCCAUUCUAUUACCGUCUAAAUGGAUCGUUCUCGCUAUCCCUUCUCUCUUGUUCACGGCUAUGUUCAACCAUCACGUCCCAUUGCCACACAACACGGGCUUGCUCAAUGCUUCUCUCAAGGCGGAUAACUUUACCCUACUUCACCGUCAGGAGUCCUUGACUGGAUACUUGUCUGUGCUGGAAAACACCGAUGCCAAGUUCCGAGUGAUGAGAUGCGGCCACAGCCUUUUGGGUGGAGAGUGGCUACCACAUCUAAUGACCAAGGAGGCCAAAGUAUCCGAUCCAGUUUUCACUGUCUUCACUGCUCUUGAGGCGGUCAGACUUGUCAAGGCGGAGUCUCAUAAACCAGAGAAAGCCGACACGAAGAAGAGUGCUCUAGUAAUUGGAUUGGGUAUUGGAACAACCCCUUCAGCCUUUGCUGCUCAUGGAAUUAACACUACUGUUGUGGAAAUUGAUCCCAAUGUGCAUCAGAUAGCAAUGGACUACUUCGAGUUCCCCAAGAAAGUAAACACUGUGAUUGAAAACGCAGCGACAUUUGUCCACCGUGCCAGACAUGAAACUCCGGUUCAAAAAUACGACUACAUCAUUCAUGAUGUUUUCACUGGAGGCGUGGAGCCCUUGGACUUGUUUACUCAGGACUUCAUGGAAGGACUUGAUACCCUACUCGAUGACGAGGGUGUUAUUGCCAUCAACUACGCCGGUGAUAUUGCCCUGCCACUUGCUGGCCUGGUGGUUCGGGCUAUCACAUCUACCUUCCCAUCUUGCAGAAUAUUCCGUGACAACAAACCGCUACCUGGCUCCUCGUCCAGAAGAGACUUGACCAACAUGACCAUCUUCUGCAAGAAAACACCUGGUACCAUCAAGUUUAGGAUCCCUCGGCCUGAGGACUACCUUGGAACGUACUCGCGCAAGGAAAACUUGGUACCGCGCCUCGAGUUUAGCCCUGGCUCCUUCGCGAAAGAUGCUGAGGGUAAGGAGGAUGCUUUGGGCCCAAGUGUGCCAAAGGAGCUCGAAUACUGGCAGUUCCAGGGUGCGAUUGGUCACUGGCAUGUUAUGCGCAGUGUUCUCCCGGACACCGUCUGGGAGAAGUGGUGA